UUGUUUGACAAAAUUACCACUUUGACUAAUCGAAAAGCUUAAAAGAAAAGGUACUUUGAAAAGAUAACCAAUAUGGCGGAGGAGUGUAAACAUUCCAAGAGAAACGUAAAAUUUAUUGUAUUUUGAAUCCUUGGAACUCAGUGAAUAUAAUAUAAAACAAAAUGACUUGGAGGGGAUUAGAAGGUGAAGAUCUUAAAAAUAACAUCCGACAACUAAUUAUUGAUUUUGAGCCUCAUAUCAGAGAAGCAGGGAAUUUUGAAUUAGCAGAGGAGACCUUAAUUCAUCUAGAAGAAAGUGAACAACAUUUCCACAGAUUUGAGUUUGUUAAACAACUGAAAAGAAAGAUUGAUGAAGCUUUAAGUCCAUUGAUUGAGGAUGAAAUUGAGAAAUUUGCAAUGGCUGGCCAGGUUGACACCUCAGGUCAAGAAACCCUCGUCAGCAAGAUUACCCAAUCUGUGAUUCAUUCAAAACCUUACUGUGACAUGUCCAAGAAGAUGAAAAGAUACUUAUCUGAAGCUGUUGAAGACUUAAUUAAAAAUUUUGAUGCUGAAUUUGGAUCAGGAAAACACAAGGAAACAUCAGAUCCCCUCCACUAUCCUCGACACAGUCACCAUUUGGACAGUGAUGAGGAAGAAUCAUCAUGUGACAGUUCAUUUAAUCAGGGUAUGCUUCUGAUGCCAAACAGUGAGGAGCUGCAGACAGUAGCAGAUAAACUUCACAAAAACAGAGACAUUCAGUCCAGAACAGAAGCCAUGCAGAUCUUGAAUCAGAACAUGCCAGCAGACUUCAUUAAUAGUGAUUACUGGCCACAGAUUCGUAAAAAUCUACUGGAUGUUAUGACUGAGCCCGAGGAUUCACUCACACACUUAUCUCUAAAGUUCAUAACUAGAGCUUUCAUGACCACAUCACCACAAACCAGAGAAAUAUACACACUGCUGGCUGAAUAUUUGAUUGGUCAGUUCCAAUCACGGCGAGGGACAAUACCAAAGAUCAAGAAUGGCCUUGACAUUACAAAUCCAGCAAUCACCAAACUAGUAAAGGCUUUUCGUUUAUUGAAUGAGUUCCAACAAGAAACAACAAAUUACUGGAUCCGUUAUCCAGACAGGUACCUUGAGGAGAUCCUGGAGAGCACAUUGAACCUGUUUUCCAUUCAUCAGAUGGGGGGACCAGUAGGAACCUCCGCACAGUUAUCUCCCAUACAUUUCAUCGCCCUCAUUGAUCCCAAGGCACAGUGGUUCAUUAAGUGGAUGCAUGGAAAUUACAGUCGUCACAGAUUACUGAAGUUGUUAGAAAAGUACAGACCAAUUGUUGUUAAUGCUGUUCGCCACUGCCUGGAUUUUUCUGCAAACCGCAAGCUUCCAUUUGAUCUGAUGAGUGACUUCUCAGAUUCCUUCACCAAGAUAACAGUAGGAGGAGGCAGAAGGAGUUAUUAUGCAGGAGCAGAGCUGGAGUAUGCCUAUUUCAUUCACUCUGUGUAUCUCAUUGGCCGUCUGCUGUGCUUUACAAAUGGCCGAAAAUUCUUCCCCAUAAAACUGAAGGAUUCAGAAGAGCCAGUGACCAUUAAGAAGCUCCUAGUUUCUCUGGUCCUAGUGGUGGUGGAUCCAAGUUCAUUUACCAUGCCCAGGGCCCAUAGUAUGUCCUACGAGCCUGCCUCCCUGGUGACCGAGAUUUUGAAGAUCCUGUGUAGCCACGAGCAGACGGCGGAGAUCUGUCUGUACAAGGACGAGAUCACCACCGCCCUCCUCUCACCUGUCUCACAGUUCCUGGACUCACAGUGUAACAAAACCGAGAGUGAAGGGGAGGAAGUAGAACAUAACACGCCAGGGGAGAGCACUCUGCUACACAUUGCAGACAUCGUGUCCAUGAUUGCAUCCAGUACCAAGGGGAGACGACACCUGAUGUAUGGGGAGGGGAAGAACAUGUUCACUCGCACAAAGUCUUCAGCAGCACAUAUCAUUGCCAAGUUCACAAAGAAAGCUCUGCUGGGUGAGAUCCCGAGGGACAGUAGCUCUGCGCCCUCAAAGAACGUGAUUGGGGCAUACCUGUAUAUCUGUAGACAGCUGUACAAUACCUGUGAGGGACUACUAGUGCUGUAUCAGUACGAUCUCCAUAACGUCAUUGUCAGGGUGUGGAAAGAGGCGGUCAAUGAGCCGGCUGUGUCUGUGACCCCCACUCCAUCAGAACACAGCUCCAGUGACUCCGACUCCAUUGUCACCACCAGGCACAGUGCACUGGAUAUCACCGCCUGGGAAGACAUCCUGAGAGAUAACCUGUUGAACUUUGCCAGCUCUGCCAAAGGCCUCCUAUUACUGCAGCAGACUGGAGCCAUGAAUGAGUGCAUGUCUUACAUGUAUGCCAGAUACGAGAAGAAAUUACAGGUCAGCAAGUGUGAGAAGUUUGGCUAUGGUUACAUGGUGACUCAAGUGGCAGCAACAGCCCCUGGCAUGAUUGCUCUGCAGAAAACUGGUUACAUUAAAUCCCUGAUAGCAGAAUUGUGGUCAGUGCUGGAGUGUGGAGCUUCAGACACCCCCCUCUUCACCCCCAAAAGUUGGUCUGUGGAUGCAAUAGAUAGAUCAUCUCACAAGCACUUGAUCAGACUGCUGAAUGUAUUGUCUGCCUUUCCUGCUGUAUAUGAGGUUCUGGCCAAUAAACCUCUCCCAUCUAGAGCAGAGUAUGGAUUCAGGGAAAUCCCCAAAACUAUAGUGGACUUUAUGGAUAGGUUAAUCAUAAUGGACUCAGAUGCCAAAGCCCAUUCUCUGUUUAAUUUUGAAGAGAGUCACACUUUUGGAUUGAGAGUGCUGAAUGUGAUGAUCUGCUGUCUGGACACCUUCCUGUUGUUGCAGUCUCAAUACAACUUCCAGGACAUCCUGUUGUCAGCCCAGGGCCACAACCACAACCUAAAAGAAGAGAUAAUUCUGGACAUGCUGUCCUUGGAGAGGAACCACAUCCUGGUGAGGUCCUACCUAAUUGGAGGUCCGUCUGAGAGGACCCUCCCACCCAGGUCCAUUGAUGAGAAAAAAAAGACAGGAGCCUUUUCAUUCCCUCUCUUCUCCUCUUACCCGGUCCCCAGAGAGUACAUUCCAAGCAUUGGGGGGAGGUCUACGGUUAAACAAGAGUCAGACAUGAAGAAAAAAGUUCUGGGUUUUUUUGCAAGUUCAGACAAUGACCUUGGAAAGUUCCUCUCUGCAAAGAAGCCAGAAAAAGGCCAGGCUUGGUUGGAUAAAUGUAAAACUCUUUUUUCCAAAAUGUUGAUCUCUAAACCUGAUUUACUGAAGGCAAAUAUAAUGCAGCAGUUGUUGGAGGUAGGGAUUCCCAUCAUGUCUAAACUCCAAGAUGUAUUCCCCUUGCUGGAGUAUACAGGUUCAGACAGUUCGUUGCGGGCUUUAAAACUAUCCCCACUUCAGAAAAAUGGAAUAAAAAUGGCCAUUAGGUAUGGUCUACACCUGAAAGUGAUCCACAACGAUGUGACAGAUCGCCUUGCCCAGCUGCUGAAGCAGUGCUCUUAUUAUCUACAACAACAGCAAAAACCAAUGGAAGUUUCCAUAGAAUAUCUCCACUCAUUUUAUGGGGGAUUUGACUGGUUUGCUGCCACCAUCUUUCUGAUGUUUGGAGGUAACCUGGAGAAAUCCUGGAAUUUCCUCCACAAGUUUUCCACCCUAGGUUGUUCUGGUUACCUCUGGAUUCCAAGACUUCACUGCUCUGUUCACUUGCCCUCUGACCUGAUGUGCAGUGGGAUUUCCCCCAUAUUCUCCAGCACAGGUCACAACAUUGAACUCAUCCUCCAGAUAGAACUCCCCCUGGUGGCCUCUGCAUUCAAAAUGUCUGGAUUCACUCCAGCUCAGAUUUGCUUCCAUUGGCUGAAGCAGUGUUUCUGGAACUACCUGGACUGGAAUGAGAUCUGUCAGUAUGUCUGUCUGUGUGUAGUGAUGGGCAUUGACUACCAGGUGUAUCUGUGCUGUGCCAUUCUGAAACAUCAGCAGAAAAACAUCAUGGAGCACAUGCAAACUCAAGACCUCAUUAUUCAUCUCAAGGAAGCCGCCAUCACAGGAUUUCGAAUAUCAAAUUACAUGACAUACAUGUUGGAGCUUGAGAAGAAAUACAGAGAUACCAUUUUCAGAGACAUGUUGAAUAUUACACGACCUUGACCCUAAAACAAAGAAACAAGGUCAAGGAGGACUCCAGUCAGAUAAAAACCCCUUAUAAAACAUCAUUUAGUAGCCAUGACCUAAUAUUUUCUUUAUGAAGAGUGUGCCAUUUGUGAUCCUGCACAAGGUUUGGGACAGGCAAAUCUAACACUGGAAUAUUGAAAUGAAUACAAUACAUGUAUUUGUUGUGAAUGUUGACGUCCAUUAGACCUCGGUACUUGGAGCAUCCAGAAUAUCUGUAUAUCAAUAUUAUAAUUAUUAAUUUAUCUUAGACCACUGUUUAAUGUACAGACAUUCAAAUAAUGAAGAAAAAACCAUCCAAACCAGCAUAGCUCCCUAAUAAAAAAAUUCAAGCUGAAAUUGCACGUAGUCCAUAACUUGUAAAUUGCAUACAUCCAAAUUUCACCUUUAUGUCGAUUUAUUUGAUGUCAUUUAAUAAAUCGGUGGGAUUUAAAAAUAAUUGAAUAUUAAAUAAUACAGGGGCGGAGACAGAAAUUUUCUGCUCCUUUUUCGUGUUUACAUGCUUUUGAAAUCAUUACAUACAUUUUGAUCUGUGUAUUUUUACUUUAGAUGCCGUCCAUUGUUUAUUUUUUACUUUUUAUUCAUUUUUGAAAGAUUUAAUUUAUUUUUAAUAAAGCUUUUAAAGGUC